AUGGUGACCCCCUUUCCAGGGUGUGGGGGCUGGAAAAAGGGCAUCCAGGCAGACGCCUCCCCAGUGCUUCGGUUUGGAGAGGAUUUUAGGAAAAAUGGGCAGAAGGAGAAAAGGACAGGUCAGCAGGGAGGGGGCCGGGAAGGGGACGGGAGGAGCUCACAGAGGGGCUCGGUUUUCCUGGGUCAAAAAGCGAGAAGCCGCCGGCCCUCAUCCCAGCACCGUGCGAGGCCGAGGCAGGAGGGUCGCCAGUUUGAGCCCCGUCUGGGAGACCCGGCCUGGAAAGAGAAGGCUGCGAGGCGGGCGAGGCCAGGGCGCAGGCCGCGGGCUGCUGGCUCCGGUCCCCAGCCUGCUGCCUCGCGGGCGGGCGGGUGGGCGGGGAGGGGGUGCGGGCGGGGCGCGCUGACCCCGCCCAGCCCCGGGCGGCGCUGCGGGCAGCGGGACCGAGCUGCGCCCGCGCAGACGGAGGUCGCGUUCCGGCUCCGGGGACCGGGCUACCCGCCCGAGCAGCAGCUGCGCCCCGAGCCCCGGCCCAGGUCAGAUGGAUUUACGGGUGUCCAGAGGGCACAGAAAGGCUGUGCCCCUGCGAGUGAAAAAGGUCUCGUUGGCCGCAGGAGAUGGGGCUACAUGAACCGGCCUGGAUCCCCUGCCCUCCCACUUGAGGGCCGUGGGACUGCGUGAGCUGCAGAAUCUCCUCAGGUCUGUUCACCCUUCUGGGUGACCUAGGUGAAUGUGGGGUCCCCGGGGCAGCUGUGGAGGUCUGAGGAGCUGGUACAGUCAGAGGCCGGGAAGGUCACCCGGUGUGUGUUGGUUGCUUUUCUCUCUUUGUUGAGAUAAAACACCUGAUACUCAAAAUUAGGGAAGGGAAGAUUUAUUUGUUAUGGUUUGGAGGUUUCAGUCCAUACGCAGCUGGCUCCAAGCAACAAGGUGGCGUGGCGGUGCAGCCAUUCAUGGCCACCUCUGCAGCGAAGUGUGAACUGGGUAGAGAGAGAGAGACGGGCCUUCCUCCAGCCCCGCCAUUACGCUGUCAGCUGGCUCCACCCCUGGGCACUCACAUCACCAAUCUGAGUGCCAGACCACGAACCAAUCCCAAAUGGCCACAUCCAUGAUUGUACGAGGCCCGGGGGGCCAUUGGAAUAUAAACCAUAACCCAGCA